GGUCCUGGGGGUCAUGUGACCUGCAGCCUUUCCGUCUCAGACCUGCGUCUCAUGCAAAUGCUUUCCAAAUCAGCUCCACUUUGACUGACAAAUGUGUCAUUUCUAUAAGGGAAGGAGGAAAAUGAGUCGGAGGUCAGACUGCUGAUGACCGAGGAGCAGGUAGGGGUCACUCCUUCUCUCUGAUCAGCUACAGUCAAUACCUCCACUUUGUUUGCUUGAAAUGUGUUUUUAUAUUUAUAGAAUCAUGAAUGUCAGGAUGUCCCGCCUCAUCUUCCUGCUGCUGGCAGCACUGACCUCAGCAACUCCACCAGGGAACAGCACUGGACAACGGUUUGUGGUGGUUUUCCCUGAAAACAUCGCCUAUUAUUAUCCCACCAGUUCUCAAAACAAGGUUUGGGUUACAGCGUUACAUAAUGCUACACAGGUCACAGUUGCCAGCCAGACCCAAACGCUGAACUCAGGACAGACAUCCAGCUUUAACACCGAUGUGGAGCUGAAGAAGUUGGAUGUCCCUGGGAGUCAGAUGAACCCACCAUAUGAAGCCUUCAGCGUCUCCAACGACACCGUCCAAGUCACCAGCAACAAAAACAUCAUCGUCCAGGCUUUCAGCAUGAGAAAACUCAGCAUUCAGACCGCUCUGGUCAUCCCUACGGAUAAACUUGGCACGAAAUAUUUCAUCCCACCUGUUCCCCAAAUUCUGGGAACCACCGAUGGACCUGUGACUCCUAACGUGACGGAGAGAGGUCCGUUCAGGGUCAUCAUCGUUAAUUCUCAACAACAAAACACAGUCACAUUUAAAGGUCAAGGUGAGACCAGCGUGACCCUACAGAGUAACCAGGUGGCUCAGAUCUGGGUUCCUAAUGACACGACGAAGCAAGUCGUUGUGUCCCAGUUUCCCGUGGCCGUCCUCUUCAGUCAUCCCUGUGCCAUGAAGUACGGGUGCACCUGUGGGCUGCUGACCGCCGCGUUGCCUCCAGCCAGAGACAGGUCUGUGAAGUUCCCAGUUCCUAUGCUUCUGGCUCAGAACGCAUCUGUACUUCAGUCUGAUAAUAGAUCCAGUUCAGUGGUUCCCUUGAAUCUAAAUUCUACAAUGGUUGAGUCGUCUGGUACGGUGGUCCUGUACCGACCCGGAUUACUCCUCACACUGAUCCCAGAGACCGAGUUUGCUUCCUGCUUUUUGGUCCCCUCGAUGCAGUCCAACAAUGGCUUCAUCAUCAUUGUGGUAAACAAAAACUCCACAUCCGGGAUUCACAUUGGGACAAGCCAACUCCAGAAUCCCAUGUGGCAGGAGCUGGAUGGAACCGAUUACAUCUCCACCAACCUGAGUGUGACUUCAGACACCACCGUCGUCUGGCACGAGUCCUCCACAAUGGCCGUCUACUUUGUGGCAAAUCAGAGUAAUCUCUGGUUUGGAAACCCGGCAGCAGUCAUCAGCUCCACUCCAGAUUUCCGGGGAUGUGCCGUGACUGCAGAAGUUGUAGAGGUCCAGAGUUCUGCUUACAGUUGGACUGAAUCUAUUGGAUCAUGUAAAAAUGAGACGUUGGAGCUCAUCAGUCUGUCUGAUGGACGUUUCCAAAGCCAAAUCUGCACCAAACUGAGACAGGACAGCCCACAGGACGUGUGGAUCGGAGUGCGCCGCAGCUCCAUGACUGGGGACUGGUACUGGCUUAACAAUAACACAUUUACCAAUACCAACUGGGCCGAUGGAGAACCGGGCGGUGUGGAGGAAGGCCAGUGUGCAGUCAUGAGUCUGAACAACAACUGUGGUUGGAGGGAUGAAGACUGCUGCAAAGCCAUCAGACCUGUCUGCUACCAGGGACCAGAACUCCUCAAACUGUCAUAAAGACACAAAACACAGAAUUCAGACGUACUUUUUAUUUAUUCUAAUAGAAAUAAAUAACCUAGAGAGGAUAAGGAAACUGUCAUCAGAGCAGGAGAAACAUGCUCUGAUGCUUUUGCACUCAGAAUUCCCUCCUUUGUAAAACAAAUCUUAUUUCAUCAAAUUUUGUGUCAGGUAAAAAAAAUGAGUGAUAUUAUUUUAGAUUUUGAAUUAUCAGUUGAAGUAUUUAAUAAAAAUGAUGAUUUCAGAGUUAAAACUUAUGGCUGUUUGGGACUUUUUAUGUUUAAUUGGUGGAUUUAAGGUGGUUUAGUUUUUGCUUUAGGAUCCCGCCAUAACGAGGUCAUGUGAUUUAGUGAAUGAAACCUUUUGUAAUAUUUUACCCGCCUACAGCACAAGUCAACAAAUAAAACCAAAAUAAAUAACAUUUCUGAUGUAGGAUUUAUGAUGCUUAAUAAAAUAAUAAAUUGGUUUCUGUUUAUUAACAUUCAAUACAUCUGGAUUGUGACUUAUUCAAUAAAAUGUCAUUAAAUUAA